AUGGGCCGGCAAAUCAAGAGUGGAGCGAAGACGGUAAUGGACACCUCCUUCUUCCGCUCCUCUUCCGACCUCAUCAAUCUGAACACACGUGAAAACGGCUUCGAAACCUGCGGAGAGAGGGUCGCACGUCGAAGGCGGCGACCGUCACCACAUUCCGCAGUUGCGGUAUCAGCUGAUACGUUUAUCUCAUCGUGUAUAGCGUUCAAAGAUUAUGGUAUAUUUUUUGCGGUGAUGGUAGAUCCGUCCGAUGCUCUAGAGAAUCCAGCAGCAGGAAAAUCCUCGAAAAGGAAACGUGCCAAACGAAAAAGAGGGCAACAGUGGGCUUACUACGUGGAGUCCUUUAAAAGAACAGUUGACUGCCUGUACGAAAUUUGUCGCUCCGAUCACAACAUAAACGGAUGCAAAGAAGCUAUCAUAUACCUUGAAAAUUCCAAACGAGACUUCGAAUCCUUGAUCAACACCAUCAAAGUGGAGACUUCAUGGGACGAGUCAUCCAGGCCACAAGCUGUCGCGUGGGAAAUUCGAAAGUCAACUCGGUCACCUGUAGAGGUUGCGUUCGAUUCAUUAGCACCUUGUGGUAUUCUGAUCAAGGACACUCAGAAUGAGUCUCAUUUCGAGGAAGACGACGACUUUAAGGAAGCCGUUCGAUUGUCGCUUGACGAAGAGUGGCAGGUGGUACUACCACGUCGAAAGAGAAGUACUAGUUCAUCUAGUGAGGUUGCCGGGCACCCCGAUGGUGCUCUCAGUACACCAUCUCCUCAGCAACGUGCUGAAGUAGAGCCACCGCGUCCCACCGUAUACGAUCGGCUCUCUGCUCCACGCCGCACAAUUUCGCCUUCGACUGCGACUACAACACAAACAUCGACUCGAUCCUCAGCAAUCCGACCAUCUGUUAGCUCGCAGCCAGCACGCCUCACAUGUCCUCGAAGCGCCAUGGAUUUGCCUCAGACCAAGGCAUCUAUGGCCAAAAUGGCAUACAGCAGGCAGUUAUUGUGGGAGCGCAAUCAAUCCUUGUUAGCAGAAAAAUUGCGAGCGAAACAGCGAAUGGAGAGAGUUGAUAGGCAGAGAAGACGAACGGGCCCUACUCGUUGUGGUAUUCAUUUCGCUGAUCGCCCUUCAACUCAAGGAGCUGCCAACUCAUUUCGACAGCAUCGUCAAGGAAAUAGUGCUCCUGUUAGCGAGCGAAACCCUUCAGUUGAUCGUUCGUUACAAUCCAUCAAUGAGGUCGGUGAAGGCGAUGAAAUGGAGGCGGUACCGGCUGAUCCAACGCCAACCGAUCCUGUUAAAGAUAAUAUGCGAUUCUCUGCUACCAGAUCAGAACCGGCCUUUGGAGAAGUUUCUUCUUUGCUUGGACUGGAUGAUGACGUUGAAUGGAGGGAGAUGACUGAAGAGGAAGAAUCUCUUGCUUUAGAGGAGCACAGUCUCAAUCUUGAAAUAGAACACGAAGAAUCCUUCUCGAUUGAUGUGGAAUUGGAACGGCAGGUUGCUGCUGAAGCGGAGGCUCUUGAAAAAUUUGAACUUUCUCAGGAAGCUCCCCUCUCAGGAAACCAAGAAAAGCAUUCCAAUGAUGUGGGAGACGACUCCAUAGAAUUAGGAGGAAACACAGACCGAAUGCGAGAUGACAUCCGUCGGCGUCCUAUUUUAACGUGGAGCGAAGUGGUAGGCAGAGAACUAAUUCCCCCUUACCGUGAACCUGGAACUGUCGCAGAGCGGCACGAAAAAAUGAGUAGUCCGAGCCGGAGGAGAUGUGAGAAGAACGAUGCUGAUUUUUCCUCACGUCAUGCCGCAAAGCUGCAGAGGGCUACUGAGUUGCGAGAACAGCUUCAGGCUGAGAAAACUGCGCGGUUGCGAGAGCUUGCCCGAAGGGUGGAAGAAGUACGUGAAAAGCGUCAAAAGAUCAUUGAAAGGAAAAGAAUUCUGCUAGAAAGCCGCAUGGAAAGGGCGCAAGAAAAUCGUGAAAAGAAUAUUACAGAAAUCAUUCGUCGUGCAAAGGAUGAUGAACAGAAGGUCCUCGAGGUGCAGUUCAUCAAUUCACUGCAAGGUGGGAAUAUGUUAUUAGAUUUAAGGAUGAGAGAUGCAGGUGUUGAAGAGCGCAAACAAACACUAGCAGAAGAAAGGGCAAGGAGAAUGGAAGAGAAAGCAGCCAAGGAGCAUGCUGCCGAAGAAAGACGGAAGAUAGCCGAGUUGGAACGAAUCGCUCGUCUGCAAGAAAUUGCAGAGCGGAAAGAAGCUCGACAUGCUCAGAUUGCUGCACAAAGAAACGAACAGGAGAGGCUACGCAGUGAAAGGCGGAAGCAACAGCAGGAAAAACUAACUGAGUUGCGCAUGGCCGACGCUGAGGAGAACGAGUCUCUUAGAAAACGAAUACAAGAGAAGAUUGAAUCUUCUUCACGGCGUCAUGAGCAAACUUUGGAAGAAGUGCGUGUACGUGCUCAAGAAUUUUCAUCACCACGCCCACCUUCAGGUUGUAGAUGGACGUGGUCGUUUGUUGAUUGCUGUCAUUGGCCUUCCGAUAACAGAGGAUCAAUAUUCAGCUGCAUUCAGUGCUCAUGCGAGAUGUCUACUGAGGUUGAAGCCAUAGCUCACGUUAUUUCUCAAUCCCAUCUCUCAAAAACAAAUAUUGAUUUGCUCCAGAUAUCAACAGAAGAUCUUGAGCGGGAGUUUUGCACAUUGGGUCAAAGUUCAACACCUGAACGCACUGAAGAAGAUAAAGAAGACGAGUCAGUUUGGCGGAAGAAAAGAUUGAAAAUCAAACAAAGACUGGCAGCGAGAAAUAAGAAGAUUGCCGAUAUUAUUGAAACACCCCCAUCCCCGGCUCGCCUAGCGAGAUGUCUUCGGGAGUUGACGAGUGUAGCUUCAAAAUGUCAGCAGAAGUCAAGCAGAGUGGACGAUUCAACUCUGCAGAUAUUGGAGCGGUCACUGAGCGAAAACUUUCGGGAGGCUCAGUCCCAGGACUGGUUCACGACUAACAUCGUUCAUCAUUGCAGUAGUUCAACUCUGCUUUCCGAUCUACUUAGUAUAUUGAUGAAAUGGACAACAACAGGAGCCAGUAUCAGACUUCUACAAAAGCUUUGUGUUAUGAUCUGUCGGCUUUCCUCUGCUCCAUCGUUCUGUCGGUCCAUAUUAUUCACACAUGUGUUUGUAGAGCUAUUGGAUAAUAUUGUUUUGCUCUUAAAGAAUCCCGAACGAGACCAGGAUCAGUUGAUGUGUCUUCUUGAUGUUUUGUUAUCUACCGUAUGUUGUGCUGGGAAUGUGAUGGAAUGGAAAGUUUUCAAGUUGGAGGGGCACGAAUUGGAGGUCCGCAUUAGCAUGAUAUCCAGCUAUUUACUUUGUUGUCGUUUGCCCCAAAUUCUUGACGAAGUGGCUCCAUCGAUCUCCCAGUCACUUUUCUUCAAGCUUAAUUCCCUUCAUUUUGAGUUCGCAGAAGUCAUGAGUGAAGACACAACCAACAUCGCUUCAUCAUUUUGUGGAGUACUUCUUAAAGUGGCGGUAUCUUCCGUGCGCUUGCAACCAUCGUCUUCCGAGGUAGCACAGCCAAACAACAAUAACUAUAAUAGUUUUUCUGAAGCUGCUGUUCGUAUGUGCUACCGUUUGUCCAGAAACCCACAGUGCUGGAAGGUGCUUAUGGAAUCGCCGGAAAGAAGUGUUCGUUUAUUACUCCUUCUUGGUCACAUAGUCCGAUGUGCUGAGAAGGAAGCUGGGUCAGUGACAUCUCAUGCAGAGUCUCCGUUGGUAUUGAUGGCGUUAGAGCUGAUUUCACACUACGCUUCAUUCGAUUUAUCUCAUCAGAUAUCUUGCGUUGUUGGUGGGCAGCGCUCACUACUUUCUGUGGUGGCCUCGCUCCCAGUUUUCUUUUUGACGAGGGCGUCAUUGAAAACUGUAUUCUUACCUGCUCUUAUUGCCAUGACAUAUGGAAAUCAACGUGCUACCCAGCUUUUGUUAGAAGAGCUGAAUGAAAAACACAUAAUUAAGUUCAUCACCGAAGCUCGAGCUGGACAAAUCGGAAACAGCAAUGUCCUGGAUGGGAUGGUCUCCUAUCAUGGCUAUGAUUCUCUUCUUCGAUUUUACCAAGUCUCUGUUGAAAGAUGA